UGAUAAAAGCUGAUUUUAUCGGAUCUUCAUACAAACAGCAAUGCUGUGAAGCAUCUGGCAGACAGUGUGACAGAGGCUCAGGACGUACUCUUAUGUCUCAUGGGUUUCCCAGGGUGUUUGCCCUGAGAAGGAAACACUUAAGCCCUUACUUGCAGCUUCUUGUCACGCAGGACCGCUUCUUCUUUUGGGUAAGUCUUUCUGCUUUACGUCUGCAGACUUUUACUCUCUUCUGGAAUGAACAGAUCUAACGUUUGUUCAAUCCUUCCUUCCCUGCAGUGAGGAUGAGAGCAGCAUGCCUCACUCACUCCCUUUGGGUUUUGUCAUGCCUUUGGGAUGCAGGACUCAGAUUCUGCUCUGUUUUCCUCAGCUCGGAGCAAGAGCAGCAGGUCCUGGGCCAGGAGACUCAUUAGAAGAAUUUCUGCUCAUGGGUUAUGCAUACUUAGUGCUGGCUGCUUCAGUCCCUGCCUGUCUCAAAACCAAGUCUGAAUCAUUUUGUCUCAUCUGCACAGGCUGGCUUAGAAAAUUAGUACUGACAUUAUCACAGGUUGUCCUGGUAUCCAUGUGUUCUCUUCUGCAUGUCUUCCCCCCCCCCUCAUUCAACAGCUCCUAUUUAAUUGAGGCUGCCUGCUGUGUCCUAUUGGAAGUGCUCCCAGAGAUAUUUACUCAUAAACUGAGUAAAUACAAACAGAGCUUGAGACAGAGAUCCAUCCCAGUUACAGGAUGCCUGAGAAAGCCGAUCUUGUAGACUCAAAUUCACAUUUAUAACAGAGUAAAUAUUUCCUUAAAUGACCUUUUUAUAGGAACCAUGCACUUACUGAGAGGUAGGAGGGUCUUACCAUUUUUCCCCAUUUCAGGUCUCAGACCAUCACGUCAUCCACAUAUCAGGACAAUGAAUGAGUCCAAGAACUGCAGUCUCACAGACAUAGAGGUGAAUCCCUAUGUUCAUCUCACUGAAUUUGCUCUAUAUAUCAUCACUUUCUUUUUUGGAUCAAUUUUUAAUGUCCUUGCCCUGUGGGUGUUCUUCUGCAAAAUAAAGAAGUGGACAGAAACCAGGGUGUACGCCAUCAACUUGAUCUUUGCUGAUUUCUUUGUCAUCUGCACCUUGCCUUUCAUGGCAUAUUUGAUCUGGAAAAAGUCAGUCCGAAAUGAACUCUGCCAGUUUAUAGAGGCAAUGUACUUCAUCAACAUGGUAGUGAGCAUCUACGUCAUUUCAUUUAUCUCCAUUGAUCGGUACCUCGGCAUAAAGCACUCCCUGAAAGCUCGGGCCUUCAGGUCUCCAUCCAAAGCUGCUCUUCUUUGUGGGCUCCUGUGGCUCGCUGUCACCAUUGCAACCAUCUUAAAACUUCAGAAGAGAUAUGCUGACUUCUGCUUUCAGUACGAUGCCAGCACUCCCACCACUCUGAUGCUGCUUUCCAUGUUCUUCAUUUUCACCCUUCCAUUAGCAACCUUGACUUUUUGUUCCAUAGAAAUCAUCCGGAACCUUAAGAGACAGCUAAAGACAAACUCACUGGAAGAGAAGUCAAUCCAGAAAGCUCUUUAUAUCAUUUAUGCCAAUCUGAUUGUGUUUCUUCUAUGUUUUCUGCCGUCCCACCUCAUGCUCAUUGCCAGCCUCAUAAUGAACCACACUGAAACUACCUGUUCCCUGAACCACUUUUUGAGGAACUUCUCCUCCAUGACGCGGUGCUUUGCCACGUCCAACUGCUGCCUGGACUCUGUCUGCUACUACUUUGUGACCAAGGAGUUCCAGGAAGCCAUCCUGCUGCCCAAGUCCAGCACUGCCAGAACAACGCAAACCCAUUCUGUGCAGACACACGUUUGCUAAAGAAAGGAGAAACUAAACAAAACGAAACCACAACAAAACCAACAAAUUCUACGGUGCCAAGAGGAGAUAUGGCUGUGCUGUUAUGGGGAUAACCAUCCCCCUUUCGCUCCAAGGAGAGCUUUGUUACGUGUAUCAUUGUUAAGCUGUAAUUUCUACCCUGUGUUUCUACUAAGCUGAUAAAUCAUUUUACAUAGAGGUGCCAAAGUGAGCCUGCAAUGGCAGUGCAUUAACAUGUUCCCUUCCCCUCCAUGUGUUACUCUUAUGGGAAGAAGGGUGGCUCGUGUAUGUCAGUCACCCUGUUUUAUUUCAGGUUGCAACUAAAGUCAACUCAACCUAAAACACAAAAGCCAACAAAAAACCCUGUACUGUGCUUUAUCUCAUGGUGUAUCUCAGAUUGCUUGCAUUAAAACAAUCCGACGGUGCCAGGCUGGACCCCAGGUUUGCCCUGCUGGCAGCAGUGCAGGCUUGGGGUAGCAUCACACAGCUGGACACAACUGGACACAGCUGGGUUUCCACAGCCUGCCCACACUGUCACCUCUCACAUUUCCAUGGCUAUAAUGCAUUUUAUGAGUAAGCAGUUCAGAAAAGCCAGUGGGGAGAACAAGGGGGGAGACAGGGUGGGGGAUGAUCCCCUGUUCUUCUUUGCUGCCUAGGAAAGGGCUUUUUUCUUUCUAAAUACUGACAAAUCUCAGUAACUGCUGCCAAGUGCUGUCCAGGCACUUCCUGAAGAGAGCAGAGCACCAGAAAUUGCUGUGAGAGAGUCCUACUAUGUCCUGAGCCCUCCCUGCCCAUUUACACAAUUUCCCCACCUCCUGACACCCACAGAACUCUCCCCUCUGUGCCAGUGCCUCCUACCUGUGCCUGGUUGGCCAUUUCUGGUGUGGCUUUUCCCAUCACACUGAUGAGCCAUGGUAAAGAAGCACCACGUAGAGGACAAGCAGGACCACCACAUAUGCCCCCAUCUUGCAAAAACAAACAAACAAACAAAAAACAACAAAGAGCAACAUGCCAGGACCCUUGCUCUGGGCCUACCUUUGCAGGUGCACAAGCACUGAUGUGCCCCUCAGGAAAAGCCACUGCCCUUCCCUCUGCUUACUCUGCAACCACACCCAAGGCACCAUGGUGUGCUGAGCUCCCAGGGGGUCCUUCUGCUGCCAAAUGGGCAAUUUGCAACCAUUGUGGGUUUUAUUUUAGAAAGGAUUUGUUUUCAAACCACUGAAAAUAUGAAAUUUUAAUUGCUCGUUUGUGUGCAUGGUAGCAGAGGGAGAGCAGGUUGUGUGCAAAAACGGAUGGUGGUCACUGAGCUGAUGGGAGAGGAACAACAGAGGGCACCAGAGACUCAGCCGUCCUAAAGAGGAGGUGGUAAAUAAGCAAUUUUGGGGAACAAGAGUUCAUUACCGUUCUUCAGUGCU